CGGAGCGGCUCCCCGAGGAGCUGUUAGCCGUUAGCUCCUCGGUGAUCCUUUAAACACGCAGUUAGAGUCUCAGCCCGAGAGAAGCUGGUUGAUUGUGUGACUCUGAUUAAACUGUGUUGUUGCCGCGGUUCGGUAUAAUUUCUGUCGAAGGUUAAAGGCGCCACAUACGCUAGCCGCGUUAGCCGGAACACUGUAACCUCGUUCCGAAAUGUUAAAAAUAAACUCGGAGGGGUCAGAGGUCAUCCUUUUUAAUUUAAUGUGUUAAAAUGCUGCUCCGUUCGCUUGUUUUACUUUGUAUGAAAUUCGUUUUUACAUAAUAUGUAUUUCUGGGAUCCACUCUGUAAUUCGGCUUAACCCAAACACGCUGAUGCUUACCAGUUGUUACAAAACGUCGUCCUAAAGUCACCCUGGAAGUACUUAAUUUAACCAAAGAAGGUGCAACAGAGGGAAGAGUGUGUGCGGCUGUUGUGUCAGCUGUGCAGAUUAUUGCGCGGCACACAAUAUUCUCCGGACUUUGGCUGCGCUGUGUCACGCUGCCGGUGGUUAAUAUGUCACGGAUAUCAGCUGCACUCAGCGACCCCAUCGUCGCUUUAUCUCGGCCUUUGGAAUGUGUUCAGCGGAUCCGCCUCGGUGCCCCCGGCCGGCCCCUCCCUGCUCUGGACCCGAAGCGGGGGCCCCUCGCCAGCCCCUCGACUAGUGGUUACCCAGUGGUAAGACUGGGUUCUCUCUAAACCACGCCCUCGUAGAACUGUUCCUCCAUUGGCUUAGCCUCCAAGCCUCCGCUCUGUAGCUUAAUGUGUACGUGCCGGCCGGCAGGCAGUAAUGGAGGGCUGUGGCUCCUCCUCCCGUGAGCUGUGGAGGAAAACACCAGAAACGCCGGCUCUGAGCGAGACUCCCUGCGGCUGAAACGGAGCUUUACCCCUGCAGUUUUACCGACACUGAGUCAGCAUCAGGAUGUCGCUGGAGGUGCUGGCGGUGAGUGGCCUGAAGCAGUGCCAGCAGGCCCAGGAUCAGCUGGAGGAUGCCAUCGGUGCCGUGAUGAAGGCGGAGCAGCAGCUGAGGGAGAAUGCCAGAGAGGUGCGCUCGGAGUUGCAGAGCUGCGUGAGCCGCCAGCAGGAGGCGCUGCGCUGCAGGGAGGUGUGGCUGCUGGGUCAGAUUGAGCUGCUCGAACAAGUGAAGACGGAAACUCUGCAACAGCAGCUGCACCAGCUGCACCGGCUCCGAGGUCAGUUUGACGUGAUCGCCUACCAGCUGCAGAGCUCCAGCAGCAACGACCUGAACAACCAGCUGACCAGCUGCAUGGAGAAGUUGUCCUCUCUGAGUCUCACUCCAGAGGAAACACCUGAGUUGAGUUUCCAUGCCGACUCUCGCUCUCUGAAGCAGGCCAUCACCUCAUUUGGCAGCAUCAACGCCCAGCUUGUGGAGGGUAUAUCCUCUCAGAGCUCCACCCACCUGAGACCUCAGGUGCAGAGUUGUCCAAUCACAGCGAAGAAGCAGCAGAUGGCUGAGCCCUCCUCUCUGAGCAAUUGGCUGCUAGAAUCUCAACCCGCCAACAGCUUCGCUCCCAUUGGCUAUCAGUCUAGCACAGACCCGCAGGAUUGGCUGCUGUCACAGAAGGAGAGUAAGACUUCCUGUCCCGUGAUGGCUUCCAUGAACUUCAUGAAAGCCUGGGGUCAGCUCAGGGACUUGGAGGCGUGGCUUAUUCAAGACCACUCCCCCAACCGGGAGAGAAGCGUCAGCAGCUGUAGCUCCUCCUUCUCCAUCGAGAAGAUCGACGAAAUGGAGCUGUCCGCCGCAGCUGAGGAGGAGGAGCUGAACGACUGGCUUGUUACCCCGCCUACUGCUGCCAUGGAGACCAUGUCGGACGCCGAACGUUGGCAGCGUGUCUUUAAGCCAUUUGAGGAAAGCUGGUCAACCAAUGAUUGGCUGUCGCCAGUGAGCCGUUCAAUCGGCGACUGCUCGUCGUGCUGUCAGACCAUCAGCGCAGUGGAGAUUGAAAACCUCGGCAAGCUCAAGUGCCUGAAGACCACGCCUACCUCAGGCACCACCUCGCCCACUUCUCCCGCCCCCGUGUCGAUGCCAGCGUCUCUGGAGGUGUGGUUGCAGAAGACGCCGCCGACGCUGCAGACCUGCCGCGCCAAUGAGCUCUGCUCCGCCUACUCGGCCUGCGUCUGCGAGGAGAACUGCGGCAAGGAUGCGCUGAGCCGCUGGCUGCUGCAGCAGGAGGACCGCGACAAGAAUGGCGUCCCCAAGAACACCCCGCCCACUGCCAAGGACGCCACGGCCACACCCUUCCACCGAGAGCAGGAACAGAAGGUUCAGGCCAUCCUGGAGGCGUGGCUCCACCCCAGCACCGGCUCCACUCCCUCCAGCUCUCCUCUGCAGGCUUUCACCUCCUCGCUCUCCGGCUGGGUGGCAGCUGAGGAGGAGAAGGCGAGCCGGGAGGAGAACGGUUCCUCCUCGUCUCUCUUCCAGAGCCCCCUGGAGACGGACCUGUGGCUAUUUCCACGGAAGAGCCCAGCGCCCGAUUCCGCAGUGCCGCCCCAGGAGGAGGAGGAAGAGGACAAGUGGCUGCUGAGGAAGAGGAGUCAAGCUCAGGAACGCCUCGCUGUGGCGCUGCCCACCAUGUGUGACUUGUUCUCUUGCAUGAAGGUGGGCGGAGACAAAGAGAAGUGGCUGCACAGAUCUCCCGUACAGAUGUGAUGAUGAUGACGACGAUGAUGCUUCUUCUUCUCUCCUGGAGUCACUUUAUCGCUGAUCAGCGCACACGAUCUCAUCUGUCUAACCGUCGUCGCUGACGCCUUUUUUUCCUUUCUGUGACAUCAUCAUGCAGUGCCGCUACCCACCAUUGAUCGCCAGUCAGCAACAGCCUAAAGCCCCUUUCAGAUGUAGCUGGCCCCGCCCUUUGAUUAACGUGGCAGGAAGCAGGAUGUAGGACUCUGAAAGGGGCCUCAGCAGUUUCAUCAGGUGAAAGUUCAUAUGGCUACAGAGGGUGUGGUGAGACGUUUCAGCUUCUAAUCAAUAACCGAUCAGUCACCAAUCAAUAAUCAGCAUUUAGAGCUGCGAGUGUUUCGCUUAUUGUGGAAGAGAUGAGGGGGCGGGACUAUAUGGAAGAGUGUGUGGGGUGUAUUUUAAACAUAAAUUAGACUUUAUUUUAUAAUACGACUGAUGUCACUUCCUUUAACCACAUUUUUGUUUUUCUAAAACCUGCUGACAUCACAGAGACUCACUUCCUGUCUGGCCUGCAGGCUUCCAUCCUGUAACGUGGUUUGUUGGCAUAAGAGGGACUCGGUUUCCCAGAGUGCUUUGUUGGAAGAAGCUGUGCAGGCUGGUCACGUGACUCUGGUCAGCGAUUGGUGCUUUCCAUUGCAGCUCUCGUGUGAGGGGGCGGGCGUUAUCACAUAUAGCUGUGGUGUCAUCACUUUUUUUCCUGCUGUGAUUCUCUACAGUAAUAAAGUUUUCUGACAUCA